GACCACACGGGGCACACAGCUUUAACUCCAGCAGCACAUUCACUCACUCACUCAGCUCAAUGGAGGAGCAGCCCGGAGAUCCUCGGGCACACGAAAAUACCCCCUCAGCGCCAUGGACAAGAGGAGACACCGCCGGGCGAGACCAUCCAGAGACAUCUGAACAACAAUGUUCAUUGCAGCUGUGAGUUCAAGCUCCAGGAAACGCAGAAGGAGAAAAAACAGGCAAUGGUAAUCUGAAUUGCUUCAACCUGGGUGAGGAGAAGAUAUUGAGGAUGACUCAACAAACAUUCCAUAUCUCCUUGAAAACAAUCAAGACAGGAAUUUAUUGAAUGUCUGAUGUGAGGACGAACUCCAGCAGUUACAACAACACUAGGCAGCAAGGACGUUUAACUGAUCCUAUUGACAGUAUGGAUGGAAAUAAUAAGACUGCUGGUUUACAGCAUUGUGAGGUCAGAAGUUCGGAGGAUCCAAUGUUGUCUCUGAAUGGAGAAGUUUCCCUCACAAAUGGUUACUCAAGCAAGGCUGCUGCCGACAACGAUGGCAGUGGUUCGGAAAGUGGAUACACUACCCCUAGAAAGAGGAGAGCUAGACGCAGCAGCAUGAAAGGUGCUGAAAAUGUGAGUCGGGACAAAGAGAGGUCUCUGCAGCGGGGUAUUAUGUCUUAUUCCAAGCAGGACCUGGAGACUUCAGGCCAAGAGGCUGCUGAAAAAAUGGUGAACUCUAGGCCUAAUUGCACAAGGACUUGCCUUAAAACAGAGGUGCACACAGGUGUUCGGCGAGCAGGCAUUCAGGAGAUGACCCCUAUGGAUGAGGUGCAGUGCAAAAACUCUGACGGUAGGCCCUCGGGCCCCAUUAGUAAAAAGACUGAUGACAAGGUCAGUAAAACCAAGCUCACCUCUUCAGUGACCUCAAAAGAGGACUUGUGGACUUUGUUCAAGCCUCCCCCAGUGUUUCCAGUCGAUAACAGUAGUGCUAAAAUAGUGCCGAAGAUCAGUUAUGCAAGCAAAGUUAAGGAAAACCUCAACAAAGCAGCGCAGGCCAGUGCAGAGGAAGAUCUUGCUCAGGCAUCUGUAAAGCUCUCCCAGGUGCCCAUGUCUGCUGUAAAAAUGGUCACAUCUGCCAGCUUUACUAAUGGCCCUGUUUCAGAAGAGCCUAAUGGGUGCCCCUCUGAGGGAGCAUUGUUCAACUCUGCUGCUAGCACAGCACCUUCUGCCUCUAAUCCAGGGGAAGAGAAUGUAGCGUCCAAUCUGGACACCAGUUGUAGCUCCUCAUAUUGUCCCUCAGUUCCAGAGCCAAGAAAAUCUAGUCUUUUUGUUUACCCACAUAAACCUUUAAAUAUGCAAACUGUACUCCCUAGUGCCCGCCACAUGGACACCCCUGCUGCUCAGACAAAUCAAAAAGCCCUCGGAGACAUCUUCCACAACCAGUGGGGUCUUUCCUUUAUCAAUGAGCCAAACGCAGGCCCAGAGGGAACAAGCUCUUCUCGGCCGACUGGAAGCGUGAUCGAAGUGGGGGACAUCACAUUUCAGGGGGGAAGCCUUCCGUUUUUCCUCCAGCCAGGCUUGGAUCCGGCCUGUGCUGUUUUUCUUCCACCCCCUCAGGAGGUGGAGAAAAGGACUAGUGGCACGGAUGCUGAUUUGAAAGCUUGCUCCCCUUCUCGCACUGCCAGUGAAGACUGUCCACAAGCUCAGCCAGUAAGUCAGGAAGAACGAAGAGUGGAGAACAGCAGUCCAGCGGUUUCUUGUAAGGAUCUGGAUACAGAGCGUGCAGUUACCCCAGUUGUUAGUGUGGGGGGUCCUCCCAAGGUCCAGAACUCAGUAAAAUGCGACAACUGGACAAAUAGCUGGGAUUCGUUUGAUCUGCGAGCUGCUGUAUACUACCACACUAAAGAAUUCGAACAUCUUGUCACUCUUCGAAAGCAUGAUCCAAAAAGAGUGGUGUAUUAUGAGGAGGCCAUGGAUGGACCUGAUCAUUGAAGUGCUGAGUGCCAGUACUUAGUUUGCUCCACUUUGGGUGCUACAGACAGAUCUGACUUAGAUCUGGAUGCUCUCUACUUGGAAUCAAAUCGGACCCUGCUACUUUUUAUUGUUAUUAUUAUUAUUUUUUUGUCUAACCAGAAGAAAACAACUACGGAAUAUGUCCAGAACGGAACUGGUGUCAGAAGGGAUGCUUAUAAUACUCACUAAACUUCGGACCUCUGCAGAGUUCUUCUGCACACGAGAUUGCUAGAAGCUACACAGAGGCAUUGGACUACAUACAAACUGAUGCACUAUAGAGUUUGAGGGAAGUUCUGAGCACUAUUUGUGUGACCGACAGGAGGUGUGGAGUGGACCUCCUGAGCCUUUCUGCUCUGUGCAACCCUACUAUGAGAAUAACAGUGGAUGACUGUCAUUUGGUUUCUUCCUGCAUUCACAUCAGAUCUUGUACAUCGACUCGUUUAAGAGUAGUGCAAUGUAUAUGUACAUUCAUGACAAGUUUGAUUACAUCCUGAACAAAAUGGAAUUCUGACCUUCAGAAACAAAAACCAUUGAAACGUAAUCAUGACACACAGGAAAAAAGAAAUGGUUGAAGCCUAACCCUGUCAGUUUGGUUGGUAAAGAUAUGGAGUAAUCUUAAGUAUUUUAAUUUGCUGGGAAAAGGCCCCACAUAUGCAUUGCCUGACUUUUUAUCUCUUUAAGUUCUCUAUAUAUUUUUUUGUUUUUAUUUUUCUUCAUCUGGUUCAGCCCAGGAACAAAAACCUAAUGAAAUGAUUUGAUAAACCAGUCAGAAACACACUUUCUUAAAAUGGCCUUUGUCCUGCAAGCUUGAUGAAAGUUUCUGGACUGGGUUUUCAAAUUGUCAAACAGUUCUUACUUUUGCAUUUUUGUCAUGUGUUUAUUUCUGCAGAAGCCCACUAUGCAGAAGUAAUAUUAUUCACAGUAUUAUUAACUCCCAGCCAGUUAAAAGGUUUAGUAGAAAAUGUACUAGAAAGGCAUUUUGAGUCGUUCAAAUUGGGGUUCUCACAUCCUUCAGCAGUCUUUUAAACAUUUUACUUGAAGUACACAGCAGGCUGUUGAUGUGCUGAGAAAGUGGAAAAGGAAUGACCUACUGGGAAAUGGCUGUAACGAAUAAGAGUGCUUAAGUUUUCCACAGGAUUUGAGCAUCUUACCACACUGACCAAGUUGAAUUUUGACAGCAAGGAAAUCUUUUCAACAUUACAGCCCUCCAACAUCAGUCUGACAUUUGAAGUACUGUACCUGCCCUUUCUGUUACUCCGUGCAAGUUUCAUGAAGUCAUUCGACUGUAGUUUUAACCUUUAAUAUUUCUUUGCACAUUUAUGUUGUGAGAGCUAACGUUAUUGCAGCCGACAGAAAUUGCGGUUCUGACGGAAACUGUUCUAGGUUAGAAAACGGCAAUAGCAGGCAGUCGCUGUCAGUAACCGGCUAGAUUUGCAAAAGCCUCACCAUCUACUGUGACAUUUCAUCAGCAAGGCCUUUCUAUAGAGUACUAUGGUACACUGUGUCUAGAGUUAGCAUGGUAUGAUAUUAAGCAAACACGAGUUUUAUUAAUCAUCUUGGCCAGACAGACCAAAGAUUGGGCCUCAGUAUAGAUGCUGAUUUAGUCCUUUAACCAUCUCUUAGGCUUGGUUCAAAUAAUCAACCUUCAUUGCCAGAGGGGCAUUGGUGAUUUUUGAUUUUAUUUUAUUUUAACCAGGCAGAGGUGUUUGGUUCAUCAUGUUAAGUAAUAGCACUUUAUGUAAACAUAUUAUUUUAAGAAAAAUGUCUACACCUAUCUGAAACACUUAACAAGAGUUACUAACUCCUGCUUAGAAUGGCUUUGGGCUGUUGUGCUUUUAAGUAAAACAAUAGAAUAACUCUUUACUCAGGUAGAAUUGGGGAAGCCAUUACAAAGCAGAAUAUGGUGCAAAUGAUCCUGGCUAGUGUUGUAGUUGUCUGUCGUUACUCUCCAGUUGUCUUCUUUCACUCUGUAGUCUGUAUAAAGCCACAUCCACAGUGCCGGCAACACUUUUCUGUCACUGCUGUUAUAAAUCCAGGCAGGGGACUGAAAUGAUGUGGGCAUCGGUAACUAAACUGUGUUCUCCAUACUGUCCUUCAAAAGAGCACAUUUGUUUUGUUCUUUGGGCUUCGUUUUUUUAUACCCCUUUAUAUGCAAUAGCAGGAAUCUGUUAUGGGUGAGGUUCCUUUUCAGUACAUGUAUUGCUUUGCUGGGCACACAGCACAGUUUUUAUUUGCACGGUGGGACGCUGGAAAGCUUUGACAAAAUCAACACAGAAUCCAAGUUGGGCACCUCCACGUUGGAAAGCGGGAAUCCAAUAACGAAACUGCUUUGUCUUGCCUCUUUCAUGCAAGCAGUGGAUUGGGUGUUUGCAUGUUCUUGAGCAAUGUGUGAUAAGUUUGUUUUAGCCUGAGUACUCUGUAUUUUCUUAAUGCUUAGUUGAGAGUGUGUUUAUUUCUGCUGUUUUGGGGGUUUUGGAGAUUUUCUCACUAAGACUGGUUGAUGUUUCGCAGGCAAAAAUCCACUGAUUGCCUAAUAAUUAUGGUAGCCUUUAUGGACUCUGGGUAAUUAUGGGUAUAAACUGUGUUUUAAUCUGCCUCUUGUUGCUCCUAUGGGAACUAAAUGUUUGUAGACUAGAGGCAAUUCACAUGUUUGAUGCUUUGAAAGACUCAAGUUAGGUGAGAAAGGUGAGCAAGGCAAUCUUUUGGUAAACAUAGGCAAAAACUCUCGCCAAAUAACUGCCCACUUUUAUUUAAUUUAAGUAUCUAGAAUAGUGUUAUGCCAUAAUACAUUUAAUAUUAAUGUUAUAGCAGUUCUGUUUAACUUGCAUUUGUAAUUUACAGUUUUCUUUUGUUUUAAAAUCAAACUAGAUUACAGCUAAAUGCUAAUUAUCGAAAGAGGUUUCUUCCAUUAUUCAGAAAUUCUGAACAAAUCAGUAUUUGAGCUGUGACUGUUAUUCAGAGUGGGACUUGGUGUGAAAUUUUUAGUUUAGAUAAACGAGUCAGAAUUGUUCACAGUGGUGGUGAGUGUGAUUACGAGUUUACUGCAUCUAAAUGUUUCUACACAGAUAUUUCAAUUAAAACUAAUAUUUUAAGGAGGUUGUAGCAUAAAAUAUUUAAACAAUUGCCCAUUUAUAUUUGUUUGACAUAGGGGUGAUGGGAACUGGGGUUACAUUAUCAGAAAUACCACUAAUACAGAUGUUUUAUGUACUUUCCCAGGCCCAGUUUUUUUCUAAUGCAGCUUAGUAUUGACAUUCUCACUGGUAAAGAGAGGGUUCAUUGUGACGCAGCCAUUUAAAAAUAAUUAGUGUGCUGGGAUAUGUGUGGGUUAACCCAAUCCAGAAUUACGUUUCUGUAAUUGUAUCAUCAUUAGUACAUCUAAACAGUGUUUAUGUGUAUACAAAUAUAAAUGAUACUGUCUAACAUCAUUUUAACUCCAAAGGACCUUAACAGGAGAAGGAAAAGCUUGUUCACUUAAUGGAAGUCAGUAGUGGUAAACAUUUAAUCCCAAGUAAUUUUGGGGGCAUUUCUAUUAGUCCAUUAAUCAUUACAUUUACAUACAUUAAAAUAACAACUGCCAGAUACAUAUUUCUCUCAGAAUGGCAAAAAUAGAGGUAUAUACAGUGAACAAUUCUGGCUUGGUUUCUAUAGAAAGUUGCAUUUCCCAUCUAACCACUCUGAAUGACAGUUUCCAUCUUCUGCAAAGAUAUAGAAAUAUAAACAAAUAUAUGUAUAAAAAUAAUUUUAACUAUAUUUUCAAAGCACUUAUUUCAUUUUGCCAACACUUUACACAAAGAUGCAGAAACUAUGGUAGAUGUGUUUAGAUGAGUUGUUGAUUAGUAGCUGAGUGUAGAAAUGAAUGAGGCUGUGAACUGGUGUGGAGAUGAACGGUGAUUAGUUUGGUGGAAACCUUGUGUGUGUGUGUGUGUGUAUCCCCUGAAGAUGUGCAAUGGCAUUCAGUACCUGUAAACCUACUCUUGUGCUGACGUGUCUUCUUAAGAUAUGCAAGGUCCCCUAUAGGUGGUGAGACUCCUGUUGAACUGAUAUACAGGUGCCUGAACAAACACUUUCAUUAUUUAGAUGAUUUAAUAUCUUGGGAUUUAAAAUGAUAUAUAUAUUGUCUAUGAUUACUUGCUUCAGAAAUAAUCAGUGCCAUGUUUUUUGUUUGUUUUUUGUCGGUGAACAGUCUUCGUUCAUUCUUUUUUUCUUUCUUUCUUUUUAAUGCUGUUAAAUGUUUUUUGGAAUGAUUUUUUUUUCUUCUUAAACUUUAAAUAGCCAGGUAACAUCUGUGUAAGGUGUCACUGCCUCUCCAGUGGCUCAGUAUCGUAGUAUCGAUGUAAUUUAUAAUUGUGUUGAUUAACAGACGUGCCUAGCGGCAUAGGGCUUAUAGGCUUUAAGCUAUAGGCUGAAAUCGAUUUUAAGAUCUUUUUAGCGCUGAAUUACUUUCCUAUAUCCAUGUCAAAUUAAUUAAUAAUUCAACUGUAUGUUUAAUAAGCUGAUGUCAGUUGUUUUGAAUCAUGCUUUAUUUAUUUAAAAUGCACAACAGUAGAAUUUCUAACUAUUUUAAUCUAGAAAAUAAUAAUUGGGAGAGCUGAGAUACCAGUUUUAGGUUUGGUUCUAAAGAAAUAAAGUUUUGUUUAGCUGAUUUUAGGUUAAGUUUUUGAGGGUUAUUUGUUUGUUUUUCUUUUAAAUCAUGCUUGCCAGGAUGGCUCUGGUUGAGUUGCUGUUAGCAGAGUUUACCAUACAAUAGCAGCUGCAGCAUUUUAAAUUCCUGCUCUUGUUUUUCGCCCACAGAAGGUGAACAGUGUUUUGUGAGUUGUGGCCUAUUUGGUAAAGUAAUAGGAGUUGCUGGGAGUUGCUAAAAGCUGGAAUAGUAUCUCGUUAGUAAGACCCGCCAUGUACAAGAAUUUCCUGGAGGCUAAAAUUUCAGAUAAUAAAAAUAUUGGUUGAUUGAAUUUUAUAUAUUUAAAAAUGUAAGGUGUGAACCUUUCAUUUUAGUUUAAAUACUUUAAAUACUGCUUAUACUAAUACUGAUAAAUGUCUGUUACCUUAAAAUCAGACACCGUUGAUUCUUUAUUUGUCAAAGGUAUGCCACACGCUUUCAGCAACAUCCCAGUUGGUGGUAUAACAGAGGCUGCAAUGUGUGGACAGAGUAGGUGAGUGUGAAACAGAGCGAGUGCAGACACAUACUGAACAACUAAUGAAUCCCUACAGUGCUGCUUCGAGGAUGAUUGUCGAUGAUUGUCUGUAAUGGGGAAAUGCUGGAUCUAUGUGUUUGGCUCUAACUUUGUCUUGUUGCUAUUUGCUAUUGGCUCGGCCUCCGGUUCGGGAAGGCUGUUAGACCUGAGAUCUUCACUGUGUUGUGUAUCCUCUUGCCACCCACUGAGGUCUCCUUCUGACUAUAAGGUGUGUGUGUGUGUGUGUGCGCGCGCGCGUGUGCAAGAGAGAGAGACCGAAGUGGAGGAUUCUCACUGUGCCGCUACACCGGAUCAGGUGGCAGUGUAGUAUUGUGUAAAUAACACAGUGCCAUGUCUACUGCCAAGCCUCCUAUCUCCACACUCUGGCUUUGUCCAUCAUGUCACGUAUAAUCGAAUCAUUACGCGCGUUGCAUUCGUGCCGAUUUAAUAAUCAGUUUGCACAAACUACCCGUGGCGCCGCUGAAUUUCUGAGGCCAUGGCAACAAGUCACCUUUUUAAUGGUUUUACAGGUAAAGAGUGUGUGCUGUAACUGAAAUUGUGAACCUUCUUUGAUGUCACAAAUGCGUCACGUUCUAAAUAAAUGUUCUUUUGUUUCAGACAAGCAUGAAGAUGUCCAUUUCAGCUUCCAUAACAAUGUAAUAAAUCAAACAAAAGUCAGUGUUUUCACAGCUUUCUGUCUCAAUUAAACUGUUAAAUUUA